AUGAUCAGAAAAUACGAUAAAACGAAGAUAAUAACUUCAACGGACGAUGGUAAAGGAAUCAAUAGUCAUGUACAACAUGUACAUUGGAGUGAGAUGGAUAAAGUGAUUGAGAAGCAUUGGAAUAGGAACGAUGAAAUAAUCAAGAAACAUAAUGAGGAAAGGAUUACAUCGAACAAUGGUAAAGAAAUAGAUCAAAUUCGUCAUCUUCAUCAAGUCCAUGGAAGAAAGUUUCAAAGUGUGAUAUCUUCUUUGUUUGAGGUCCGAUUGAGGCGAUUCUUGCGGUCACGGAAGGGGGACGGAAAGCUCUACACAUAUACACCUAUAAAUCAAGGUUUUUGUGAGCUUGUGUUAAGGAUUUUGAUGGUGAUUCUUGGAGCUAGGACCAUUCGGUUUGAUGAACAAUCAAGUGUGUUUUUCAGGUACCUAGAUUCUAGACGUGGCUAGAAGUUCGUCUUUAACCGGAAGUUCCUUUGGCUAUGUACAGCCCCGACUUCCGUAGAUGCUGCAGUAGUAUGGUGUCUGACCAGUGUCGUGGCCUAUUACAGCAGUGAAAUUUUAUAUGGUUUAUAGUUGAUGUCUGUUGUGUAUAUGAGGUCUGGCUACAAUAGUUAUCACGGAGGUAAAUUCCCGUGAUGUAAUUUUGACAUAGUGGUUUAUGCCGGGCUAAUACGUUCAUGAUACGGAAACGAUAAGUCCGAGCACGUUGUAUGGUUUUACCACUGUAUAUAAAUGUAUCUUUAUUUAAA